AUGAAAAAUUGUUCUCAGUCUUUUUUAUUUACUACAAAGUUAUCUUAAAUCAUUCGAAACGGAUGCACAGUUACUUUAACUGUCUAUUAAGAUAAACUUUCCUUAAGUGGACUGAAGAAAUCAAGUAGAAGUGAAAAAAUUGAGAAAGAAAUCAACUUUUAAACUACACAUUAUGUUCUAAAUUGGGAAUACUCUAAGUAAGAUUAAACUUAAUUCAUUAUAGCCAUUCUAAAGCUAUUGAAGGUUUCAGUCUCUGUAAGUAAAAUACUAGAAAGUACACCUUCGGUGGAAGCAGUGACCAGCUCAGCUAGUUAAAAAAUAUUUUAGGAGGUUUAAUAGCUUUCUAAAAUUGGGAAAAAGAUUUUAAGUAUGUAAAGCAUAUCAGAAACAACUAGAAAUGUUAGGUAUACUUUUUUUACAAUUAUUUUUUAAGAUAAUCCUUGCCAAACAUGAAAAUUAGUAUUAAGUUCUAAAAAUAAUCGAUUUCGAAUAUGUGAAUAACCCAUACAAUACAAUAUAAACUACAGAAGAAUUACAGGCUCUUAAGCUUAUAUAGAAGUACCCUCAUUCAAAUGUACAUGGAUUCAAUUCGUAUUACAUUGAUGAAAUGAAGUGUUACCUUGUCAUGGAUUACCUACCUUAUGGUACUCUAUAUGAUCUUUAAAAGAUGUAUAACUAUAAAAUUCCAAUUGAGAUCAUCUAAGAUGUGAUGUAAUAGCUUUUGGAGGGUAUUAUAUUUUAUUAACAAAAUUAGGUUUAAAUCAUUUGCAUUAAUUAAAAAUCAUACACAGAGAUAUUAAAUAUGAUAAUAUCAUGAUUACCUCAUUUAAUCCAAUUCAGAUCAAAAUUAUCGAUUUAGGACUCUGUGUGAUCAAUUAACCCUCUAAUUCCAGAGCUGGAACUGGGGGAUACAUUGCACCAGAGAUUUUUUUAUCAACUAAAAUUACAGAUAAAAUUGAUAUCUUUAGUGCCGGAGCUGUUUUUCAUAAAUUACUUGUUGGUAAACCCAUUUAUGAAGAUCUUGGUUAAAAUCAAAUUGGUAAUAUUCGAAUCAGUUCACAUAUACAAAAUAAAAAUGCACUUGAUCUUUUGCAUUAAAUGCUCAACUUUGAUCCAAAAUUAAGAUAUAGUGCUUAAGAUUGUAUAGCACAUCCCUUCUUUACAGAUGAAUCAGAUUCUCUUUCUUCGAAGUAUUUUAUAAUUUUAAUUUAGAACUUAAUUGUAUUAGUAUCUAUCUCCUAAACAAGUAAAGCUGUAAGUCUAGACUCCAGCUACAGAUUUUAUUUCUAAUCAGAAUAUUUUCCCCUUUAAACUUAAUUGACU